AUGACAUCGGCCAACGUGAAGGCCACGUGUGAGGCCGCGGGGUACGUGACGCCGUGUCCCGGGGACAGCGCUUGCCAGUAUUCCUCCUCGUCGUGCUUCCAAACAGGCUUGACGGACUGUGGCAACCCCAUGAUGGAAGUAUCCCAGCAGCUGUGUGGUGUUAGUCCAGGCGGCUGUUCACAGCUGGACGGCGUGUACCAGUUCAUGCACAACUGGGGUAAUGGUGGCUCCUGUGGUGCAGAGUUUGGAACCUCUUGCGUCGGCGGUAUUGGACAGCAAGACAAGUACGCCUUCUGUGCCAGAGAUUCACAAAUGACGAACCCUUGGUCCACUAAACUGACUACCACUACUGUAGCCACUACAUCCGACCUGGGAUCCGGAUCCGGAAAUAUGGGACCCGUAGGAGCGGUUCACGCCUUCACUGUUCUGCGCGCCAAAAAUCAGGUCUACCAGAACUUCGGCUUCCUGAUCAUCGAGGCGCAGCUUCCCGCUGACGGACUGUCUGGUAGCGAGAACUGGUGCAGGGACUACCAGAACCUGUGCGCAGACUUCGGGCUCAGACCCACCGGCUGUGGGGAGACCCAUUAUAGUCUGGGAGGAGGCUUUCAACAGUGCGUUACAGAUUACAACUCCGAUGUCUACAUCAACGACGCGCUCGGCUGCAACCCCUGGGGGGCAGUAGGGGACGUGGCGCGCCUGGCGUUCCCCACAGCGGGGUCUGGGAGCAGGUUUCUCGGCUUUUACGCCUGUGACGACAGCAGGUGUAAGAGUAUCCUAGCUGACAGCGCGACCAGCAUCGGGUCUGCAGCUGACGCCACCGCAGGGGAUGGGAUCGUGUACGCAAUCUGCAGGGGAACUUCGUGUAGGUAUUGA